UGUCUUCUGAUAGCUCCAUAGAAACGAGUAAAAUGAGUCAAAUUUCAGUAAACUCCAUCAAUAACAACCCGUAAAACAAGCUGCGGUACAUUUCACCAUUUAAAAACAAAACAGUUAUAUGCCCCAUCCGUCGUCGAAAUUCCUUACCAACAAUACCAUUCUUUUCCUCAAGACAACUCGCGGUCCCAAAUAUGGUGACUUUACCAUAAAAUAUGCCCAAGGAGUAGGAAUGUAUGCGAAUAUCACCGCUGUGGUAAAAGUUCUUCCUGUUGACAAUAGCUUAAGCUGAAUUUUAUGCGGUUAGUUCUGCAAAAUAACCGCCAAGGCAGGACAUUCGAAUUGCAAAUACAAUAGCGAAGUGCCACUGAAACGGAGAAAUGCAGUUUUGGAAACAGGGCUCACUAGCAGCAUCACUAUCUCUCUGGCGUUUCUCGUCGCUGCGCUGGUGGCUUUUCCGGCUGCUAGAGAGAGCCGUGCCGCCAAAGGAAAUGGAUAAACUCGGCGGUGAGAUAAAGACCACGCAGGGAAAUGAAGUGUGCCAGAGUGCGACUGCCAACAAUAAACUUAUCUUUUCCAUUGCUACACCGACGAUGACUUUCUCCCGAUGCUAUAGCGAGCAGCGAGAAAUACAUCAUUUGUAUGUGGCGAUACCUGCAUUACGAUUACUAACGUUCCAGCGAGAUAUACUCUGCGUAGGAAUCCGGUAGAGGCCUUUUGUGUAUAAAUAGUAGAUCCCUUUGGUCCAUUCGACAGGAUUUUUAUGUAACUUCCAGCUUGAAUAGGUCAGAAACUGACGGAGCAGAGGACAUUGUAAAGCAUUUAAGC